AUGCUGCUUGGCGUGUUUGAUGGCCAUGGCGAGCAAGGACACGAGAUCUCGUCUUCCGUUGCCAUGCUGUUCACGCAUUUUAGUGAUGCCGUGGCCAAGAUGGCCGAGGAUCAGCGUGUGAAUCCGUCGGCAUCGGUGCCUCGGCAAAUGGCCCAUCUCUUUGCCGUCGCGCAAGAUGGCCUGGAGCGCGGAGGGCUUGCCGAGUGGUCUGGCACGACGGCUACUUUGGCCUUGGUUGAUGCUGAGGCCGGCGUGGUAAUUUGCGCAUAUGCUGGCGACUCACGGAUGGUCAUUUGCCACAACCAGAAGGUGCUCUUCGAGACAGUGGAUCAUGAUAUUGAUGAUGUUGCUGAGCGCCGCAUCAUAGGAGCUGGUGGCGAGGUACGGCAGAUGUUGGUAUCUGGGAUAGAUGCGCGCCGUGUUUUCCUGAAAGGUGCUGAUGUCCCCGGCCUGGCAAUGUCACGGGCUCUCGGAGACCUGCAGGCGAGUUCUAGUGACUAG